UAGGCGUUGCAUGUUGUGAGGUUUUUGAGGUUUGGACAGCGAAGAUGGGUUGUUGCAUAGCCAACUCUGUGUUCAAUUUCAGUGGGUGCAAGUGGAGAAGUCCUCAGAGCUUAUUUGGUUGGAAUAUCGGCAAGAGAAAUGCUGAUGAUAAACCAAACCCUAACUAUCAUCAGAUUGAUCUUCCCUUCUCACCUUCUCUUGUUAACAGCACUUUCUUGAACGGUAGAGAGCUCAAGUGCUGUUACAGAGCCACCAUAGAUGGAUUUAGUGCAACAGAGUUCCAUGAUUGCUGUGACUUCAAGGGACCAUGUGUGAUUAUAGGAUACACAAACAAGGCCUUAAAGUUUGGUGCAUUUAACCCAGAAGGCUAUAGAAGCACAGAUGAUUAUUAUGAUACUUUUGAUGCAUUUCUGUUCUACUGGGUAGACAAUGGAACAAUUGAGCCUAUUAUUUUACCUAAAGUUGGUGGAAGUGGUGCUGCCCUUUUUGAUUAUGCAAGAGGUGGACCUCAAUUUGGGGCUGAUGGGCUUCUUAUUGGGCCUCCAUUAGCUCCAGUAAUGGGCGGGUUUGCUGGGCCCGAUUCGAAUUCUGGAGUUGGUGAUUUGAGGCAAGCCAAGUCUAGAUUGGGAUUGUCAUAUGCUAAAAGAGCAGAUGGAAAGGAGUCUAUAUUUGGUGAUGACAGCAAGGCCACCCUUGAAGAAGUUCAAGUUUUUUGCAGUCCUCAAAUUGCAAGUUUAUACUAAUAAAGCUCCCAAGAAGAGAAAGGUAUUAUCCACAGAAAAUGAAGCAAGUAAACGCCAUAUUCACUGCCCUUCUCUUCUGUUGCCUGCUGGUUUUCACUUGUGCAUUAAGAAUUCAUUCAGCUUCUACAGUUGCUGCGAGAAAUCAAGCUCAACAAUCUCAUCAUCAGAAAUGGCAAAGAAUGAAUCAUGGAAGCUUUCGUGGACCUCAAAAGCACAUCGUCAACCCUUCCCUCAACCAUCCAUUUCAGGUUCCUGAGUUCCGUCUAUAGGUUUUCCUUCUUUUCAUUUCUUUUCAGUCAUCUCUAGUCUUGAUCUGGUUUUCUCUUUUUUUUUUUUUUUUUUUUAAAUUGCUGAAAAUAUAUCCUUGUUUUAUUUCUGGUACUAUAAAAAACUAUGGAAUAUGAAUUUACCAUUUGUUUUGGGUUA